AGCGUGUCUCAGGGCCGCUCGAGGAAGGAGAGCGUUUCAAAGCACAGGACAAGCACCUCCAAGCACACAAAACAGCCGUCCUUCAGCCAAUCGUCGAGGAAAGUAGAGAAGCUGGUCCAGCAGGCUCGACCGGUUUCCCAGGCUCCCUCGUCGAAUGCCACGUCGCCGUCAUUGGGCAGCACCAUCAUCACAGUGUGCGUCGGCGCCGAGCAGCGUCUCUUUGCAGCACACGAGGACGUCCUGUCUCACUCACCCUACUUCCAGGCUGCAUGCAGCGGUCAAUUCUACCAAUCCUCCAACAAGCGUAUCGAUCUCGCUGACGAGGAGCCCGAAGUCUUCUCCUCGAUCCUUGAGUACCUCUACAAGGGCGACUACUACCCUCGCCUUGAGUUCAACAAGAAGCGCAACACCUGGACCCUUGAGGAUGGUGGUAACGACAACGGUGCCAACGAGGCCGUGAUCUACUCGCCCGCAGGGCCCAUCCUGAAGGACACAGUGAUCUACUGCCAGGCCGAGAAGUACGGACUGCAAGAGCUGAAGAAGCUGGCUCUUCGCAAGCAGGGUCUGCAGUCUGGCAUCCAGUGCUCGACCAUCCUGACAUCUGCUCGUUAUGCCUACGCCAACACACCUGACAACGACUCCAAGCUUCGUGCGCACUACCUUGCACUCAUCAUCCGUGCGCGCAAUACAUUCAAGCGCAGCGGCACGAUGCAGAACGAGAUGGAAAACGGCGGUAAGCUGUUCUUCGACUUGUUCGUUGCCAUGGUAAACCACAUGGAUGACCUU